AUGUUCACCCCGGUCUACGGGCCGGGGCCGCCUCGCAUGUCAAGCAGCCACGGCCACCGCUACAGCAGCAGCAGUCGACACAGCAGCAUCCAACACCUGCCCGUCAUUGAAGAGGUGCCGCCGCCGGCGGAAAAGUCGGCGCUGCGCCCCCUUGUAUCGGCGGCCUUUUGGUUCCCUGCCAGUCCCCCGCCGACGUACCACUUUGGCGUCGGCUCCGAUAGCAGUGGCGUUGAAGACAAUGUGGAAAAUGUCUGGGUACCGCCCAUGAAUGGGCCAAGGCGGACGAGGAGAAGGACGCGGUUGUGGUAUCGGAGACCCGCGUGGCUCGCAGGACGGGGUGGCUGGCGACGAUUGGCCCUCUUUGCCACGUUUGUUCUUGUCUGUGUGGUUGGGCUUAUACUAGGCUUGACCUUGGGCCUGCGUCGAAAUAAUCCCGACUCGCCAGACAGCGUCAUGGCGGCCAACCAGUUCCCGGCCGGAUCCUACGCCUUCAAGACGACGCUGGCCAGCACGAGCACAGCGUGCACCACCAACGCCGACACGUUUCGGUGCUACCCCCACACGAGUAGAAAUGCUUCAGCGACAGGUUCCGAGGCUACAUUCCUAUGGACCAUAGCUCUUUCGUCCCAGUCAUCCUCCUCCUCCUCCUCCUCUUUGCAGCAACCGGAAUAUAUAGUCUCAGCGGCGGCUUCUAGCAGCCCGUUCAUGAUCAGCUUCACCAACGUCUCGGUCACCGUGUUGGAUCGCGGCAACGACGCCGAGCGGCUCUCGUUUCAAAUUCCCAUGGACCUGGGCGUCGUGCCGACAGGGGACGACGGAGGCGGCGGCGGUAGCGCCACGUGCUGGUUCAAUGGUACGGCGACUUUGGGUGCCACGAUAUGGACGCGGCGGCCGCCGUCACUUUUGAAUCGGAGUAGUAGUAGUGGUGGUGGUGGUGGUGGUGAUGGUGGCAACGGCAGCAGUAGUAGUAACGGGACAGAACCCGUCGGUAUCGUGGAGACGGCUCGGACGGCGACCUCUGCUUCCUCUACAUCUAGCUUCACGCCCUGGCCUUUUGCCGUCGAGAUCGAACGCUCAGCAGCUGCGGCGCCCGACGUGCCGACCUGUGUCAACACCAAGGGAAACACUCUGGGACAAUUCGGUGUCGCUGCGGGCGGUGGUAGUUGUAUUUGUGUAUACGACAAUUUGGGCACAGCAUCUUGA